CCAAAAACUGAAGAUGAAGAAGAAGAAGACGACGACGAUUGUGUCCAACGGUGAUGCCAAGGGCUACUCAAUCUAGAGAGUUAACCUUCCACCGGAGAUCCUCGCCGACAUACUCUCAUGGUUAUCAGUCAAAUCUCUCUGUAAAUUAAAGUGUGUCUCUCCCUCUUGGAAUUCCCUAAUCUCUUCCCCCUAUUUAGCCAAAACCCAUCUCAAACGAAACCCUAGUCAAGAAAUCAUUCUCUUAUGAGACUCUGAAUAUCUCUACUCCGUUGAUGUCGCCGCCACAAUUCCCGCCGCAAAAAAGCUUAAUUUCCCCUCGGUCCAAUACUCCCACAAGUGGGUCAAGGUUUUUGGGUCUUGCAAUGGCUUGCUUCUUGUUUGUGAUCAAGAUUAUUCCCAAUUUCUUUUGAAUCCAUCCACUAGAGAACGUAAGAAGCUGCCCACUUUCCCUUCUUUUAUUUUGAAUUUGAUUUCUGAGCCAUUUAUUUUUCUACAUGGUUUUGGUUAUGACUCGUCUACAGAUGAUUACAAGGUUGUGAUGCUCUCUUGUUGGUAUAAUAACUCUGAUCUUAAAUCCUAUUGCAACCAUUAUGCUAAUAUUACAUAUGUGGUUGUCUAUUCAAUGAAAACUUAUGCUUGGAAGAGCAUUCAAGGUUCCCAUCAUCAUCCUUUGGGAUGUCCUUCUAGGGGGAGUGGUGGUUUGGAUGGUUCUUUAGUUAUUGUUGCUUUCAAUUUGUCAGAUGAGAUUUUCAAGGAAGUGCCCACUUUGUUUAGUCAUUCCGAGAUUUGGUAUCAUUGCAUGGCAGUUCUUGGGGGUAGUCUCUGUGUGAUUGUCUACCCGCCUAAUUUCUGUAAUGAAGUUUGGAUGAUGAAGGAGUACAGGGUAAGAGAUUCGCGGACCAAAUUUAUGAUUAAUACUAAGAUGGUGCUAUUGGAUUGGUUGUGUUUGUUAGCAGAGGACAAAAUUUUGUUGAAAAUCAAAGGAAAUGUAUUGGAGGAAGUGGACCAAGAUAAAUUGGUUGUGUACAGUAUGAAAAAGAAAACACUGAGGGACAUGGUGGUUUGUGGCAUUCCGCCUAAGUGUCCAUACGAGGGCACCUAUGUCAAGAGCCUUGUCUCUCUUAAUCAUGGAGGAGGGAUUGGGAGAAAUGAAUGGGAAACUUCUUCAGGUAGUUUUUGUGAAACUCAAAUGAAUUUUUGCCUUCUUAUUUCAUGCAAAUCCAUCUCUAUGUUGGAUGCAUGAGGAGCGGACGCCACGGGAUCCCUCUCUUUGCUGGAUGAGGAGCGGAGGUCCUCUUGGUCCCGCUCGAAGCAUUGUGGCUCAGUAAGCGGUCUGAGCCCCAUUUCCAGAGCCACUACACUUAUUUGAAAAAAGUACUUCUAGGAUAAUUAAUUUAAAAUUUGUGUCUAGAAUGCAUUGUUUCGUGCCUUUAGGCACAAGCAAUCCCGUGCCUGAUUGU